AUGGAGGUGACCGAGCUUGAGGCGGAACUCCCCGAGCGCGGCUACGAAAUCGAACCACCAGGUGCCGCAGGCGUCCAUGUCGAUGACGGAGGUUGCUUGCGCGCGCGAUACGAGGAGCCUCUGCGCGGGGCUCAACGGCGUUGCGCCCUGCCCUACCUCCAGGCGCACAUGGCCGAGCUGUUCACAGGGUGCUCGAAGCAGUUCUUCCUUGUCGAGCAGCUGCAGGCGGGCGACACGAUGCUCGAUUUCCCAAUGAUCGCGGCCCGCCAGGGGGAGGGGGGGGGUCACCCGGCGGUGGCGGCGGCGGGCAUCGACGUCGAGACACAGCGCAGGUGCGGGGAUAAGAUGAAGGAGUUCUGCAGCGGCAAGCCGCGGGAGCAGAUGCCCUCUUAUGUCCAGCCGCACAUCAAGGCAACGAUCCGGGCCGCCGUUUCGGAGGCGAGGUCCGUCGGCGUAGACGAGAAGAAGAUCCGCGAGGCCGAGGGCGCGCUGCGGCAGAUGGCCGCCUCGCAGGCAUUGGAGGCGGCAGUGGCCACCGACGACGAGGCGGCGGUGCAGAAGGCUCUGGCGGAGGCCAAGGGCGCAGGCGUCAAGUCCGCGGCCGUGGAGAAGGCGGAGACGAAGCUGCGCGGCUGGGAGGCCGCCCGGGCCGCCAGGGCCGCCGGCUGGGCCGGCGUCCGGGGGGCCGCCAGGGAGCUGACCGCGGCCAUCAGUAGCAGGAAGGAGGCGCAGCUGCAGAGGGCCCUGGAGAAGGCCAGGGAGGCGGGGGUGACCCCCAGCAUGAUCGAGGAUGGCGAGAAGGUGCUCAAGCAGGUGUGCGCGGAGGGGGCCGCGGAGACGGAGCUGCGAGCGGCGCUGGGCAAGAGGGACGAGGGCUCGCUGCAGCAGGCCAUCGCGAAGGCCCGCGAGGCGGGCGCGAGGCCGGUGGCGCUCAAGGAGGCCGAGCGGGUGCUCGGCAGGCUGGCGGCGGGCAGGGAGCUCGCCGACGCGAUCGGCAGCGAGGACGGGGCCCUGCUGGAGGCCGCGGUCCCGCGCGCCAGGGAGGCCGGCGUGGAGGCGGCCAUCGUGGAAAGGGGCGCCGAAGCGCUGCGGCGGCACUCGUUCAGGAGAGCGCUGGAUGCGGCCGCCGCGGCCGCCGGAGCGGACCCGAGCCUGGAGGAGGGGCUGAGCCAGGCAAUCGAGGCAGCCCGUGCUGCCGGAGUCGCCGGCGCGCCGCUGGAGGCCGCGGAGCUCAGGCUGCACUCGCUCGCGGCCGCCAGGGAGCUGUACACGGGCCUCGCACUCUCGGCGCGCCUCGCCCUCGGCAGAGAGGCCUCCGCGGACGGCCAGCGCUGCCCGAACUCCGCCUGGUCGGGGUGGGCCUACGGCUGCACCGUCGCGGAGGGGGGCCAGGGCGCCCGGUGCGCGGAGGGUCCGCGCAUCGAGGACGGCGGCAGCUGCACGGCCUCGGCGGCCGCGCUGGCCUGCCGCGAGGGGCGGCUGACGCCACCCGCGGCGUGCGCGGAGGGCGCUUCCGUCGGCAGCGGGGGCACCUGCACACCGAGCUGCGCGCGCGGGUACGUGCCCGACGUGGCGAGCUGCAGGGCCCCCGCCGGCGUCGAGAACGCAGGGAGCGUGCCGUGCCGGGAGGGGGCCGAGAUCGGCUCUGGCGGUGCGUGUGCUGCUGUGUGCCAGGGCGUCGCGCACGCCGCGAGCCCGUCGUGCGAGCAGGGAGGGUCGAUCAGGGCUGGCACCAAUUGCACCGCAGCGUGCAAGGCAGGCUACGUGCCGAACGUCACCAGCUUGACAUGCAAUCAGCAGGAGCUGCCGCCGUUCGAGUGCCGCGAAAAGGGCUGCACAGCCCCCACGGGCAUCGAGAACGCGGAGGAUGUGACGUGCCAGGAGGGAACCAAUAUUCUCGCUGGAGGCGCUUGCACGGCCGCUUGCCAAGCCGGAUACGCGCCCACAGCGGCAUCUUUGACGUGCAGUCACAGCGAGCUCAGGCCACCAUCUUUCGAGUGCUACGAAAAGAGAUGCCUGGCUCCCACAAGCAUUGAGAACGCAAUGGGCGAGUCGUGCCAGGAGGGGGCUGAGAUCCACUCGGGUGGGACUUGUACUGCUGAGUGUGAGGAGGGAUAUACACCUUCUGUGGCGUCUUUGGAAUGCCGUCUCGGAGUCUUUACACCGGCAUCGUUUGAGUGCUACGAGCAGGGUUGCGUGGCCCCCAGAGACAUCGAGAAUGCAGAGGGCGUGACCUGCGAGGAGGGAGCGACGAUCGAAGCUGCAGGAACUUGUACUGCUGCCUGCCAGGCAGGAUUUUUGCCAGAUGAGGCUUCCUUGGCAUGCAGUCGGGGUGAGCUGAGGCCGCCGAUGUUCGUAUGCCGCGAGAAGACAUGCGCAGCCCCCGCCAGCGUUGAGAACGCAGAGGGCGUGCCGUGUCAGGAGGGGGCCGUGAUUGACUCUGGAGGCAAUUGUACUGCCUUGUGUCAGGAAGGGUAUGCACCUGACGUGAAGUCCUUAGCGUGCAGUCGCGGAGAGCUGACACCCGCAUCGUUCGAGUGCGUCGAGCAGGGGUGCAUGGCCCCUGGUGACAUCGAGGAUGCAGCGGACGCGCCCUGCGAGGAGGGAGCGACGAUCGAGGCUGCUGGCACGUGUACUGCUGCCUGUCGGGCAGGGUAUGUGCCUGAUGUGACGUCGCUGGCGUGCAACCACGGGUUGCUCAGGCCGCCGUCCUUUGAGUGCUUUGAGGCGCCCCGCGCUCAGCACAACAAAACGGCGCUUGCAGGCCGAUCUCUCUCUCUCUGGGAAGUUUCGAUUCGAUACGAUUUCCCGUUCCAAUGCUGA